UGCGAUGUGUCGUGUUGAAAUACUCUAAACAAAGUAAGGGUGAAUCAGCACAGUCUUCACAAUAUUUUACGACUUAUAAAAAAUUAAAUAGAAUACAUGAAGUGCAAAAAUUUUUGUAGCAUAUAAAAGUAUAAUAAACGCUCCUACCUGAUUGUUAAACGCUCUCAACAAGAAUAAAGAUGUGGAACAAUUAUUUAACAACGCGAAGAAAUAAUAUGAGAUAAUUGAUAAUCGCAAAAAAAAGUGAUUCGCGUGAAGUCGCACUUUAGUGCCAUGGGGGUCGCCGGUGACCUCUGUGAGAUAAAUUCAUUAAACAUAAUUAUACAUCAUAACUUAUCUCUUGUGCCACGGGCAAUCUCUGUAAAAAUAGAAUGGCAUUCAACAUGUUAAAAUUGUACAUAGUAUCAUAAUCAUGCAGAUCUUCGUCAAGACACUGACAGGAAAAACUAUCACCCUUGAAGUUGAAGCUUCCGAUACAAUUGAGAACGUGAAAGCAAAGAUUCAAGAUAAAGAAGGUAUUCCUCCAGACCAACAGAGGUUGAUCUUUGCUGGUAAACAAUUGGAAGAUGGGCGCACACUUUCUGAUUACAAUAUACAAAAGGAAUCAACCCUGCAUCUUGUACUUCGUCUGAGAGGAGGAAUGCAAAUUUUCGUCAAGACUCUUACAGGAAAAACGAUAACUCUAGAAGUUGAGGCUUCAGACACUAUCGAAAAUGUCAAGGCCAAGAUUCAGGAUAAAGAAGGUAUUCCACCCGAUCAACAGAGAUUGAUCUUCGCUGGUAAACAAUUGGAAGAUGGACGUACACUGUCUGACUAUAAUAUUCAGAAAGAAUCGACUCUUCACCUUGUUCUUCGCCUUCGUGGUGGUAUGCAAAUUUUCGUCAAGACCCUUACAGGAAAAACUAUCACACUUGAAGUUGAAGCUUCCGAUACGAUAGAAAAUGUAAAAGCAAAAAUUCAAGACAAGGAAGGAAUUCCACCAGAUCAACAGAGAUUGAUUUUUGCGGGUAAACAACUGGAAGAUGGACGCACACUAUCAGAUUACAACAUUCAGAAGGAAUCAACUCUCCACCUUGUUCUUCGUCUUCGUGGUGGUAUGCAAAUUUUCGUCAAGACCCUUACAGGAAAAACGAUAACUCUAGAAGUUGAGGCUUCAGACACUAUCGAAAAUGUCAAGGCUAAGAUUCAGGAUAAAGAAGGAAUUCCGCCAGAUCAACAGAGAUUGAUUUUUGCGGGUAAACAACUGGAAGAUGGACGCACACUAUCAGAUUACAACAUUCAGAAGGAAUCAACUCUCCACCUUGUUCUUCGUCUUCGUGGUGGUAUGCAAAUUUUCGUCAAGACCCUUACAGGAAAAACGAUAACUCUAGAAGUUGAGGCUUCAGACACUAUCGAAAAUGUCAAGGCUAAGAUUCAGGAUAAAGAAGGUAUUCCACCCGAUCAACAGAGAUUGAUCUUCGCUGGUAAACAAUUGGAAGACGGACGCACGCUGUCAGACUAUAAUAUUCAGAAAGAAUCGACUCUUCACCUUGUUCUUCGCCUUCGUGGUGGUAUGCAAAUUUUCGUCAAGACCCUUACAGGAAAAACUAUCACACUUGAAGUUGAAGCUUCCGAUACGAUAGAAAAUGUAAAAGCAAAAAUUCAAGAUAAAGAAGGAAUUCCUCCAGACCAACAAAGAUUGAUCUUUGCUGGAAAGCAACUUGAAGAUGGACGCACACUCUCUGAUUACAAUAUACAAAAGGAAUCAACCCUGCAUCUUGUACUUCGUCUGAGAGGAGGAAUGCAAAUUUUUGUAAAAACCCUUACUGGGAAAACUAUCACCUUAGAAGUUGAAGCUUCUGAUACUAUUGAGAACGUGAAAGCAAAAAUUCAAGACAAGGAAGGAAUUCCGCCAGAUCAACAGAGAUUGAUUUUUGCGGGUAAACAACUGGAAGAUGGACGCACACUAUCAGAUUACAAUAUUCAGAAGGAAUCAACUCUUCACCUUGUUCUUCGUCUCAGAGGAGGAAUGCAAAUUUUUGUAAAAACCCUUACUGGGAAAACGAUAACUCUAGAAGUUGAGGCUUCAGACACUAUCGAAAAUGUCAAGGCCAAGAUUCAGGAUAAAGAAGGUAUUCCACCCGAUCAACAGAGAUUGAUCUUCGCUGGUAAACAAUUGGAGGACGGACGCACGCUGUCCGACUAUAAUAUUCAAAAGGAGUCAACUCUUCAUCUUGUUCUUCGCCUUCGUGGUGGCCGAUGAUUUAAUAUAUUGAUCGCACCUUAAUUUAAAAAAUUAUAUUAAGUAAAUAGAAACUAAUUUUUUUACUUUUAGCCAUCAUAGCUAUUGAUUGAGUGAUAUAUAAUCUUAUUAAGUAUUUACUUGAAAUAAAUGGAUUAUAAAUA